GCUCGGUUCGCUCAUAUUCAGAGCAAGGUUGGCCUGACGACGAUACUACGCGAUCACAAAGUCGACGUUUGUGAGAAAACCACGAUUCCGUUCGAACCUGACGAGCGUGCCUUUUUGUUAACAUUGAAAGGUGGUGUGAAUUUAAAGAUAUCCAAAAAAAUCCGGCGCAACAUGGAUUAUUUUCAACUCUUCUGCAGCAUCGGUACCCUAUUUCUCGCCAUCUACUAUUACUACGUAUCGACUUACAAGUUUUGGAAAAGACUCGACAUACCGGGACCUAAACCGAUAUUGUUCUUCGGUAACUUCUUCGACAUCAUCUUUAAAAAACUAUCGGUAGCCGAUUAUCUGAAGAAGUUGUACGAUCGAUACAAGCAUGAGCCACUCUGUGGAAUAUACACAGGAAUGUCGCCACUUCUUGUCAUCAAUGAUCUGGACAUGAUCAAAACUGUCCUCAUCAAGGACUUUGCUUUAUUCGCCAACCGUGGUUUCAGAGUAUUUGAAAAGAUAGAACCACUGGCGCAAAAUCUCUUCAUGCUCGAAGCGGAGAAAUGGCGGCCCUUGAGGACGAAACUGUCGCCGAUAUUCACAUCCGGCAAGCUGAAGGACAUGUUUCCGCUGAUAGCCGACUGUGCGAAAAAUUUGGAAACGUACUUAAACAAAUUGGUGGAGAGGAACGAGCCAGUGGACUGUCGCGAUCUGGCCGGUAAAUUCACGACAGACACGAUCGGCGGCUGCGCCUUCGGGCUCGAGAUAAAUUCCCUCGGGAACGAAAACUGCGAAUUUCGUAAAGUCAGCGCCAAGAUGUUCACGCCCUCGUUGAAACAGUCGAUACGCGACAUGUGCCGGGAACUCACACCAUCGUUGUACGAGUUAAUCGGCUCUUAUCUCCAAGUAAAGGACAUCGACGAUUUUUAUAUAAAUCUGUUCACCGGCACGAUGAAAUACAGAAAGGAGAAUAACGUAGUCAGGCCAGACUUCGUCCACCUGCUGAUGGAACUGAAGAAACAGCAGGAUAAGUUUGACAAUAUAGAACUGACAGAUAUGCUGCUUACUGCGCAAGCUGCGAUCUUCUUCAUUGGAGGAUUCGAAACUUCUUCCUCGACGAUAGCACAUGCGCUCUACGAGUUGGCACAGAACCAAGAAGUACAAGAGAAAUUACGAGAGGAAAUUAGGGACGUUUACAGCAAAAAUAACGGAGCUUUGACAUACGCAGAUAUCAAAGGAAUGAAGUACUUGGACAAGGUGUUCAAAGAAACGCUGAGAAAGUAUCCAGUACUACCCAUGCUAAAUAGGCAAGUGGUCGAGAAUUACACGUUCAAAGGAACGAAGUUUACCAUACCGGCAGGGACGAAAUUGUUAAUACCCGUGUAUGGAAUUCAGAACGAUCCGGAUAUUUAUCCGGAACCGAAGAAAUUCGAUCCGGAAAGAUUCGAAGAGGAUGCUGUCGCAGCCAGACACUCUAUGAGCUUUUUGGCUUUCGGUGAUGGGCCAAGAAACUGCGUCGGUGCCCGUUUUGCACAUUAUCAAAGCAAGGUCGCACUUGCAACCAUUCUCGGCAACUAUAAAGUCGAUGUCUGCGAGAAAACCACGAUUCCAUUUGAAUCAGAGAAGGCUGUCCCUUUCUUAACGGUCAAAGGAGGAGUGCGCUUAAAAAUCUCUAAGGCCAAUUAUGGGCUACUUCGAGAUCUUAUGCGGCGUCAUCGCAUUGCUUCUGGCCUUUUACUAUUACUUCACGUCAGUCUUUAGUUUCUGGAAACGCCUUGGAGUGGCAACACCAAAACCGACCUUUUUCAUCAAGAAUAUAUUUAACAUCUACAUUACACGACUUCCACUUCCAAUAUACUUGCAACGUUUUUACGAAAAGUACAAAAACGAGCAAACAUUUGGAUUCUAUCUGGGAAGAUCGGCAAUUCUUGUCCUGAGAGAUCCGGAACUGAUCAAGGAUGUUUUCAUCAAGGAUUUCUCAACAUUCGCUGACCGAGGAUUCAUCGUUCACGAAAGAACAGAGCCAUUGACGAUGAACCUUUUAAACUUGGAUGUAAAAAGAUGGCGUCCGCUGAGGACGCAGCUCACUCCGAUGUUCACAUCUGGCAAACUGAAGGGCAUGUUCCGGCUGAUCCUAGAGUGUGCAGAUCAUCUCGAGAAACACUUGGACAAAUUGGCCGCGAAUGACGAACCCGUCGACAUUCACGACGUUGCAACGAAAUACACGAUCAAGGUGAUUGGUUCCUGUGGCUUUUCGAUCGACAUAAACUCAUUGUCGGACGAAAACGAGUUUUAUAAAAUCGGCAAGGAAUACUUCAGCGUAUGCCUGGAGAACGUGAUACGAUUAAAAUUACGAUUAUACGCGUCGAAACUAUACGAUUUGCUGGGCUAUGUUUUCCCUGAAAAUUACUAUACUUCGUUCUUCACCAAGCUGGUGACCGAAAUGAUGAGAUACAAGAAAGAGCAUGGUGUAUACAGGCCCGAUUUCAUCCAAAUGCUUAUGAACAUGAAAGAGCACCCAGAAAAACUGCGUGACAUUGAAUUGACAGACACCUUGUUAACUGCUCAAACUUUCAUUUUCUUCGUUGCUGGUUUCGAAACCUCGGCGUCCACGAUAAGCAACGCUCUCUACGAACUCGCCCUGAAUCAGGACAUGCAAGACAAGUUGCGCGAAGAGAUUAAAGAACAUUAUGCGAAAUAUAAUGGAGAGUUGAAAUAUGAACAUGUCGAAGGCAUGAAAUACUUGAACAAAGUAUUUAAAGAGACGUUAAGAAAAUACCCAAUAGCUGGUGUAGCGACAAGAAGAGCUGCUUGUACUUACACCUUCAGAGACACAAAAAUUACUAUACCGAAGCGUUUACUUGUACUUAUUCCCAUAUACGCCAUACACCAUGAUCCCCGUAUUUAUCCAAAUCCCGACGUAUUCAAUCCGGAGAAUUUCAGCAAGGAAGCUGUUGAAGCACGGCAUCCGAUGAAUUUUUUGCCAUUUGGAAGUGGACCAAGAAAUUGCAUCGGUAAACGUUUCGCUGUGUUUCAAACCAAAGUGGGCCUAAUCACGACUCUUCGCAAUUAUAAGGUGAACGUCUGCGACAAAACUAUGAUCCCCUAUGAGUACAAUGCGGAUACAUUUCUGCUUACUGCAAAAAGAGAAAUAUACCUGAAGAAUUUUGCAUUUUUUUCAGCAAGUUUGUUUAAAUCAUCGCAGCACUUAAUAAAAAGGGCCACGAUGGCCUUCCUUGAAUUUCUGUGCGCUGUCACCGCGUUACUUCUGACUUUCUGCUACUAUUCGACAUCAGCGUUCAGUUUUUGGAAGAAUCGCGGAAUCCCGGGACCGAAGCCGGUUUUCUUCUUUGGCAACAGCAUGGAUAUCUUAUUCUCGCGAAUUACAACGGCGGAAUAUCUGCACAAAAUGUACCAGGAAUACAAAAACAAGUCGAUGUUCGGGGUAUACAUGAGAAGAUCGGCAAUUCUAGUUCUAAAAGAUCCGAAACUAAUCAAGGAUGUUCUGAUCAGUGAUUUCUCCAAGUUCUCCGACCGAGGAUUUAUCGUAUACGAAAGGGUACGUCACGUUGCAUUACCAAAUCGUAAAUUAAUUUCAUCCGUUUCUUACUUUUAUCCUACUGUCCUGUCAAUUUCCAAAUUGCAUUAAUAUAAUACAAUUGUUCCCUCUCCAUAUUUUAUUAGUUUAUAGUUUGCAUUAUAAGUACAUUUUGUUAGAAUAAUUCGAAAUGGUUGACAUCUACUAUUUAAUUGUAUACGUUUCUAAGUUGUAAAUUAAUCUCAUCUAUUUAUUAAUUUUUCUUCCCUGUCCUGACAAUUUUUAAAUUGUAUUAAUACAAAAAAUACAGGUUUGAUCUUAGGUCUCAAACGUGCCUUGUCCCUUCAAAUCUCUAAACUGUUGCACACUAAUUACAGACAGAGCCGCUGUCAAUGCAGAUUAUCAGCCUGGAUCCAGAAAGAUGGCGCCCGCUGAGAACACACCUUCACCC